AUGCCACCGUCACCCUUACUGAGGAGAUCAAGGUCUCCUGCACGGGAGACUUAUCACAAGAGGGCCAACAGUUUCGGAAAUGUGCUUCCUGUGAAAUCAAAGGAUGACGAACUCGCUUUGUUCUCUGAUAUGCAGAAAGUUGAGACGGAGAACUUCUUACUGGAACCGUCAGAGGAUUUUGAUGACUCAAUCGCAAAAUUGAGCUAUUUCCCGGAAGUAAAACUUGGUGUUAACAUUCCUGCCCAUGGAGAAAGCCAUGAUUUGCUUAAUGCGGACGGUGAUAAAAAUGAUUAUGAGUGGUUAUUAACUCCUCCAGAAACUCCACUUUUUCGAUCUUUGGAUGACGAAGAAAACCAAUCCAUCACUCAGGUUUCUAGGGGCAGAGCUCAGAGCAAGCCUAUACAAAUUUCAAGAUCAUCCACGACAUCUCUAACUGAUCGUCCAGUAUGCCGGUCAAGGUGUGGAUCACCUUCAUCUUUUAGUGGACUAGAAAAUGGUUCAAGAGGUAGAAGACAGUCAAUGUCUCCCACUCCAUCUAGAAGAGCCAAUUCGUCUCACAGCAUUGAACGGGACCGAAUGAGCUCUUACAGCAAAGCUUCUGCAACAUCAUCUGGUGAGGAUGAUCUGGAUUCUAUGCAGUCUGUACCAAUUAGCUACUCCAGUAGCCCAGUUGUGAAAAAGAGCUUGGUUGUGAUGAAAACCAGAACCAUUGCAUCAUCAAAGAAUCUGUCCAAAAAUUUCACACCUAGUUCUGUCCCGAAGCGGUCAUUUGACUCUGCACUUUGGUUGAUGGAUCACCGCAAAGCUCCACAAGAUAGGUUCCGACCACUUCUAUCAGGUGCCCCUGCCAGCACAUUUGGGGCUGGGAAUGGAAUUGAUGUGCACAAACCUAUGUUCUCACACAAUUCCUCUUUGACAACUAGCAGCAAUGCAAGCUCUUACCAUGGUGCCACUUUUGGCUCUUAUACGCCUGGCAGCCAAGAGCAACGUGAUUUGGUUGGUGAAUGGGAAGAAGAUGAUAGUUCUCGGGGUCAUGAGGAUAUAUUUAUGUUUGAUAAAUUGAAUGAGCUAAAUGAAGAAGACAUUCAUUACAAGAGCACGGAAUCUACGGAUAAUUCACUGGUCAUAGUAAAACAUCUAGUAAGUGGAAGACAAGACUUGGAAGGAAGCAGAAGACCUAAUCAGUCCUUAUGCCAUUCUACUGAUAGUUCUCAGGUUGGCAAUAGUAAAAUUGCUACUUGCUCUAGAUGUGGGAAGUUAUUUGAUGCGAUGGAUGUGGAUGAAGAGGGUGUCUACUGUGAUGUAUGUGCUUCAAAGGUUGGGAAUAUCUUCACCAGUUCUACUGUACAAACUAUUGGAGAAGAAAACCAGCAAUAUGAUAAAACUGCAAAAUUGAAACCUUGCAUCGCAUCUGAUCCUCCCAUACCCACAGAUUGUAUAGGCUAUAGCAAAGAAGUGUCUCUUGAUCAUCAACUAGUGAACAGUGAAUCUUACACUGAUUGCCUGGAUCAGGCCCCUCCAAUUCACUCAAUGGGGCACACACCUCAGGAAAUGCUACUGGGGCAGGUGGAAAAGAUAGACGCAGAGCAUAGAAAGAAACAUGUUGGGGACUCAUUAGGAAAUACAAACGAUAUUUCCUUUCAUCGAUCUAGUGUGACUGAAUGUGAAGAAACAAAACCAACAUCUGUGGGGCAUGACCUUUUCAUCAGAGACCAAAUGGAUAACCAUAAUCAUGGAUUGUCCCAAUGUAAUGAAACUGUCUCUGAAACUAUGACCAGUGACAAUUCUUCUCAAUUGGGAUCAACUACAUAUCAAAACCCUAAACUUGAAACUACUGAGGGUACUGGGAUAUCAGUACUGUUAGUCCCUAAGUCAAACAGCAAUAAAUGGCCUGUUGUAGAAGGGAGGGCCCUGGCUGCUACAAGUAUUCUCUGUUCAGAACCCUAUUAUGCAAGAGAUGGUGUCAGUAUGAUGAAGCGUAGCUUUGGACUGGACAGCUCUUCAGCUGCUUCUUCCAGUGAUCUUGGGUCUUCGAGGCAAUCAACCAUAUGUUUUGAGCGCCUUAGGAGUGGUAAGAGGGGUGACUUUGAGAAGUCUCAGAUAAGCAGUACUAUGAGUCGUCAAAGCAUUGCUUCUGUGUCAGAUAUGUCAAUUUGUAGCUCUUCAGCUUCACUUUGCCCUCAGAGUGAUGCAGUAGGAGGUUCCUGUUUCCCAAUUGACACUUUGGAAAGCAGCACUUCAAGAACAUUGAUCUCUUCUGAAGAAAAUGAUGCUUUUUGUAAGGAUGCUUUGCCAAGUGCUAUGGAAUAUUCGUCUUCUUCACAGGUUAUUGCCGAUGAUGACAGUCCCGUUGACUUGAAAAGUGAGGUAGGAGAUACAACAGUUGAGAAUCAUAGUGCUGGCAGAAUGCCUGACAUGGAUCAUACCAGUACAAAUAUGUAUUCUUUAGAUACUGAAAUGCCAAGUGAUACCCGAGAGUCAUCAGGCCCAGAGGAAAGUUGCAUGCCUGAAACUGAAGAGGAUACUUAUGCCAUCAGUCAGUGCAAUAAAGGUAGUGCUCCCGAACAUUCAAGUGAUGAGAACAACUUUGAUGAUAUUCAAUUGCAGUCCGAAAUAGUUCAGGGUUCAGCUGAGGAAAACAGAUUGGAUGAUUGUUACAUGUCUGCCAUCUCCGAGGAGGACGUGUUGAUUUCUGGACAAGAAGCUGACAUGAGGAAACUUCCCAAUGAUGAAGAAUUUUGUGUGGAAGUAGAAGGAUCAAGGAAACAAAUCCAGAGAUGCUUCACAUUGGAAGAGGCUGCUGAUACAAUUCUCUUCUGUAGUUCUAUUGUCCAUGACCUUGCAUACAAGGCUGCGACUAUUGCAUUGGAAAACAAGAAGGAAUCAGAGUUUGUCGACUCUAUUAGCCCAACUGUUACAAUAGUCGGAGGAUCUUUUCCUAAGGAAGAGAGUUUACCAAAGCUGCCUCACAGAGCGAACUCCAAAUCAACUAGGUUUUCCCUAAGCCAGAUGAGCAGGGUACACCCUUAUGUACAAGGAAUAGCGUGCUGGCGUCUUCAGCUAAAGGUUGUGGAAAGUUCAAAAAAGAAGGGCCUUGAGAAUGAAGAUGACUUAGCCAAGUGUUUUCUUGACAUCACUACUAUUGGUAUUGAUCAUUGGUCCGCUCAUGUUGUGAAUGUUGAAAAUGUUGAUGAGACACAAGAGGAGGCAACCAAUUUUGAUCCACAAGAUGAUGAUGUCAGUCCUGAAACACAAGAGGAGGAUAUUGGUAUUUCUCCUCCACCUGCAAGUGGCAAGAGAUUGGCUAGGCCUGUUGAAAAAAAAAGUGGCAAGAAGGCGAAGUCCGGAAAUGCACUCCUAAUUCAAGAAGCAGUAAACAGUAUGACAAGUUCAGCCAAUGAAUAUGUUUCGAAGAGACAUGGAAAAUACUCUAUUGAUGAAGUGAUGGAGGUUGUGAUUGCUUGUGGGGCCGGCUAUGAUAGCAAUGAACAUUACAUUGCAACUGAACUGUUUGUGAAGAAGGAGCAAAGGGAGAUGUUCAUGACCUUGCCUACUAAUGAGAUUAGGUUCACUUGGCUUAGGAGGAAGUACAAUGAUAAAUAUGACAAGUAG